CACAAUAAUAACGGAAUUAAACAACACAUACUAGAAAACUACACAUCUACGUUUUCAGGAUGGGUUAGAAAAGCAUCAUUACAAAAUAGAAAAUGGACAGACCUAAGUUAAAUCAGGAGCUCUUUCACGCAGCUGAAGCCGGAAAUUUAAUAAAGGUCAGAAAUUGUCUUGCCGAAGGUGCAGAUAUAAACAGCAGAUACGGCUGGUAUGAUGGUACUCCCUUACACGCAGCUACUAGAGGUGGAUUCAUCAAAAUAGUUAAAUUGUUAUUAGAAAGAGCAGAUAUAGAUCCAAAUAAAGAGGAUAUGUGUGAUGGCGGACCUCCCCUGUUCGCAGCUGCUAUUGGUGGAUACAUCGGUAUAGUUAAAUUGUUAUUAGAAAGAGCAGAUAUAGAUCCAAAUAAAGAAAAUAAGUAUAAUGCUACUCCCUUACACGCCGCUGCUAGGGGUGGAUUCAUUAACAUAGUUAAAUUAUUAUUAAAGAGAGCAGAUAUAGAUCCAAAUAAACAAAGUGAGAAGAAAUGA